ACCACACUCUUUUACAUCUGCUGCUACUGCAAGGGCGAGGAGUCAAAUAAUGACGCCGCUGCUCCGCUUCAGCUGGAUCCAGCUUUGGACUGUCACCCUGGUCACCUGGAUCACCUGGGUCACAAGCGUGUCGGCAGGGUCGGAGCCGGAAUCGCUUUAUGAGCUCCACCAAUCAGAAAUGUCCUUCGAGCAAGCCCAAAAGGAAUGUCGACCCCACCAGCUCGCCACCUUCGCUACCCAGCAGGAGCUGGCCCAAAUCCUGCACGUCUUGUCCAGUUCUGACCUGCAGCUGGCCCAAAGGCCUUUUUGGGUGGGGCUGAGGAAGGCCAAGAACCAGUGUGUGGUUCCCUCGCUGCCCCUCAGAGGCUUCAGGUGGACCUCGGACGGGCGUGCUGAGGUGCACCAGAGUCAAUGGGUGGAGGAGCCGGAGCACACCUGCACAUCAGUUCGCUGUGCGGCGCUGCUCACCCAGCAGGACCGCUCCACCGUCACCAAGUGGGGUCUGAUCCCGCUGAGCUGCAAGACCCGCAAAUCGUUCAUCUGCAAGCUGGCCUCCAGUAGAGCUGACUCGGAAUCCACUGGACAGGAAGUACUAGAACUCGCAACUCCAGAACCUGCCCAGGCUGAAAAAAACAAACCGGCUGAACCAGAAAUAUCAACACCAGAACCAGCUGAACCAGAAAGACCAGCUCCAGAACUGGCUGAACCAGAACCAGCUGGACCAGAAACAUCUGCACCGGAACUGGAUGAACCAGAAUCUACUGAUCCCGAACAAACAGCACCGGCAACAGGUGAGCCAGAACCAGCUGAACCCGAGCCAACAGAACCGACACAAGAGCAAAACCCCAAAUCCGGGACUCGUCAGUGUCCUUCGCCCGUGGUCCCUGGAGCGCGCUUCCUCAGUCUGGACCCGGCCGAAAGCAGCAGAAUCCAGGUGGACUGCUGGUCCCUGGUCCAACUGGACUUGUACUGUUUGGGCCCCCCCGCCAACUGGCGCCUGCCCAACGGCGCUGCCGCCAAUCUGAGCUCAGUGUGCACGCCGUGUGGGCUCGGUUUUCUCAAAGAUGACUCGGGAGAGUGCGUGGAUGUGGACGAGUGCGUCGGUGCGCAUGAGUGCUCGCAUGUGUGCAUUAACACGGUGGGCUCGUACGCGUGUGAGUGCACGGACCGCGGCGGCCGACAGAACCCCGAGGACUCUGCGGCGUGUGCACCCACAGACACCGGCGGUCCCUUUACAGGCGUCCUGGUGCCGGUGUUGGUGGCCCUGGCGGCGCUGGUGGUUCUGGUGGCGGUCGGCGUGGUGACGCUCAAGUGCUGCCUGAGAAGGAGGAGCCGGCAAAGACAAGGUGCCCCAAACAAGAUGGUCGCUUGAGGUGACAUCACUCUGACGCAAAUAAAUAUAUCACUUUAUGAUGUACUAUAAUAUAUAUUUUUUAAUGUUUUUUAUAAUCAUGUUAUGAUGAACUAUAUUAUACAUUUUUAAAUGUUUUUAAUAAACAUGUUAUGAUGAACUAUAUUAUACAUUUUUAAAUGUUUUUAAUAAACAUGUUAUGAUGAACUAUAUUAUACAUUUUUAAAUGUUUUUAAUAAUAAUGUUAUGAUUAACUAUAUUAUAUAUUUUUAAAUGUUUUUUAUAAUCAAGUUAUGACGAACUAUAUUAUACAUUUUUAAAGGUAAUGAAACACUAUAUCAUACAUUUUUAAAUGUUCAUAUUAUGUAAGAAAACGCUAUAUUAUACAUUUUUAAAGUUUUUUUUAUAAUCAUGUUAUGUACUGAGCAAGGUGUCUGUGAUUACAUUCAACCCAGUGGUUAAGACUGUUGACUCGCAAUAUAGGGUGCUGGGUUCAAACCCCACUCUUGUUGACAGUAUUUUGUUCCACUUCCAUCAUACUUUACUGAGCAAGGUGUCCUCGAUUACAUUUGUGUAUGGAACAAAAUCGUGUCUUCACAGCACUGAGGGCAGCCCAGUGGUUAAGACUGUUGUCUCAGAUUGAAGGGUGAUGGUUUCAAACCCCACUCUGGUUGACAGUAUCUUGUUCCACCUCCAUCAUACUUUAUUGAGCAAGGAGUCUGUGAUUACAUUUGUGUAUGGAACACAAUCCAUGCUUGACAUAACUCAGGAUAGUCCAGUGGUUAAGACUGUUGACUGGGAAUGUAGGGUGCUGGGUUCAAGUCCUGGUGAGGUGGAUAUGUAAGUUAGAAAAGUGUGUCAGGAUGCGUCAAGGUGACAUUUUUUGUGGUGUGUUACCUCUCCCAUGUCAUAUUAACUUAAAUAACUAUUUAAUUAACUUGUUUUUAUCCAAUUACAAUUAACACACACACACACACACACACACACACACACACACACACACACACACACCUACACACACACACACACACACACACACACACACACACACACACACACACACACACACACACACACACACACACACACAAACACACACACACACACACACACGCACACACGUAACCCCUGAGGUGUCAUCAUUGACUAUUUAUUCUUGAUUAUCAUUAUCAUUGACUUAAGGUUUCAACUCUAUGUGGACAACAACUAGCACAUAACAUGAGUGUGUGAAGGAGAUGAAACAUGACACGAGUGUGUGAGGGAGAUGAAACAUGACACAAGUGUGUGAUGGAGAUGAAACAUGACACGAGUGUGUGAUGGUGAUGAAACAUGACACAAGUGCGUGAUGGAGAUGAAACAUGACACGAGUGUGUGUGGGAGAUGAAACGACACGAGUGUGUGAUGGAGAUGAAACAUGACACGAGUGUGUGAUGGAGAUGAAACAUGACACAAGUGUGUGAUGGAGAUGAAACAUGACACGAGUGUGUGUGGGAGAUGAAACGACACGAGUGUGUGAUGGAGAUGAAACAUGACACGAGUGUGUGAUGGAGAUGAAACAUGACACAAGUGUGUGAUGGAGAUGAAACAUGACAGGUGUGAUGGAGAUGAAACAUGACACGAGUGUGUGUGUGGGAGAUGAAACAUGACACAAGUGUGUGUGUUGGAGAUGAAACAUGACACGAGUGUGUGUGGGAGAUGAAACAUGACACGAGUGUGUGUGGGAGAUGAAACAUGACACAAGUGUGUGUGGGAGAUGAAACAGCCCACAAUGGAUGUCGUCUUGAUGCCAUACAGCCAAAGUACUGAUUACUAGUCUGGGGUUUGAACUUAGUACCCCUGUAUUAAGAGCCCACAGUGUUGACCAUUGAGCUAUCCUAAAUCACUUUCAGUCAUGAUUUUUAAAAUACAAAUGCAAUCAUUAAACCAUGAUAGAGGUGACACAAAAAACUCCACUUUCCACAUCGUGGAUUUGAACCCAGUACUACUGACUGAGAGGCAGCAGUUUUAAUCAUUGCACUAUCCUGACUAGAUUCCUGUGACUAGAUUCUGUUCAUUCACUCAUGUCAUCAUGACACCUGUCCUGGUAAACUACCAUUGAUGUGACACAACAUGUUGACACAAGUAAACAUGCUGCAGGAUUGCUUGUAUCGCACAUGAUACCACACUCAAGUAAACACGCUGCAGGACUGCUUGUAUCGCACAUGAUAUCACACACAAGUAAACACACUGCAGGACUGUUUGUAUCGCACAUGAUAUCACACACAAGUAAACAUGCUGCAGGACUGCUUGUAUCGCACAUGAUACCACACACAAGCAUUCUGUAGGACUGCUUGUAUCGCACAUGAUAUCACACACUGGUAAACAUGCUGCAGGACUGCUUGUAUUGCACAUGAUAUCACACACAAGUAAACAUGCUGCAGGACUGCUUGUAUUGCACAUGAUCUCACACACACAAGUAAACAUGCUGCAGGACUGCUUGUAUCGCACAUGAUAUCACACACAAGUAAACAUGCUGCAGGACUGCUUGUAUCGCACAUGAUAUCACAGACAAGUAAACAUGCUGCAGGACUGCUUGUAUCGAACAUGAUAUCACACACAAGUAAACACACUGCAGGACUGCUUGUAUUACACAUGAUAUCACACACAAUUAAACACGCUGCAGGACUGCUUGUAUCGCACAUGAUAUCACACACAAAUAAGCAUGCUGCAGGACUGUUUGUAUCGCAAUUGAUAUCACACACAAACACGCUGCAGGACUGCUUGUAUCGCACAUGAUAUCACACACAAGUAAACACGCUGCAGGACUGCUUGUAUCGCACAUGAUAUCACACAAGUAAACAUGCUGCAGUACUGCUUGUAUCACACAUGAUAUCACACAAGUAAAUAUGCUGCAGGACUGCUUGUAUCGCACAUGAUACCACACAAGUAAACAUGCUGCAGGACUGCUUGUAUCGCACAUGAUAUCACACACAAGUAAACAUGCUGCAGGACUGCUUGUAUCACACAUGAUAUCACACACACACGUAAACACUGCAGGACUACUUGUAUCACACAUGAUAUCACACAAGUAAACAUGCUGCAGGACUGCUUGUAUCGCACAUGCUUAAGAUUAAAGAUUAAGAUUAAAGCACCAAUGAUUGUCACACACACACUAGAUGUGGUGAAAUUUGUCCUCUGCAUUUGUCCCAUCCCCUUGGGGAGCAGUGGGCAGCAGCGGCGCCGCGCCCGGGAAUCAUUUUGGUGAUUUAACCCCCAACUCCAACCCUUUGUUGCUGAGUGCCAAGCAGGGAGGUUAUGGGUCCCAUUUUUAUAGUCUUUGGUAUGACUCGGCCACACAAGUAAACAUGUUGCAGGAUUGCUUGUAUCGCACAUGAUAUCACACACAUGUAAACAUGCUGCAGGACUGCUUGUAUCACACAUGAUAUCACACACACAAGUAAACACUGCAGGACUACUUGUAUCACACAUGAUAUCACAAAGAGUAUAAGCAGCACAUGUUUUGAGAAAAGUGUUUUACCUUCCAUCUAGUGGUGCUUGUUGGUGCUUGUAUUUGUGAUGCAUACAAUCAUGCAGUAUUUAUGGAAAACAUAUCAGAACAUAUCAUAUCAUCUGGUGACAUGUGUCACUAGUCCACUCCUCACUGAGGACAUGA